UCUGCUUCUUCAUCUUUUUCAGUACCUUCCAACACAACACCAACGAACCCCGCGCGCCUCCACACCCAGACCUCCGCUGCCGCCGUGGCCGGACCCCGUCUCCCGCCCGCCGUGCCGCCGAUCUGUCCUAAUCAGGCGCCGCAUGAGGACAGCGCGGACUCGCCCCUCCUUCUCCUCCUCGUGGCGGCGCUAGGGCUCGGCCGGCAUGGGCGGGAGGUGGUACAGGGGCAUGUCCGCGGACAACUUGAAGGGGCUGGCGCUGGCGCUCUCCUCCAGCCUCUUCAUCGGCGCCAGCUUCAUCAUCAAGAAGAAGGGCCUCAAGAAGGCCGCCGCCUCCUCAUCCGGCGUCAGGGCCGGGGUUGGUGGUUAUUCUUAUUUAUACGAGCCUCUUUGGUGGGUUGGCAUGAUAACAAUGGUUGUUGGGGAAAUCGCGAAUUUUGUAGCUUAUGCUUUCGCGCCAGCUAUUUUGGUUACUCCUCUUGGUGCUCUUAGCAUAAUCAUCAGCGCUGUACUUGCACAUCUAAUGCUGCGGGAGAAGCUGCACAUAUUUGGCAUUCUCGGAUGUGUCCUAUGUGUUGUGGGGUCCAUCACCAUUGUCCUUCAUGCCCCGCCAGAGCGUCAAAUCGACUCGGUUACUGAAGUUUGGGGUCUGGCUACUGAACCAGCCUUCAUGUGUUACGUAGCCGUAGUACUUGCUUUAGUUGCUGUACUUGUGUGCAAGUUUGUUCCACUUUAUGGACAAACCCAUGUCAUGGUGUAUAUUGGUGUUUGCUCUCUCGUAGGUUCCAUCUCGGUCAUGAGUGUAAAAGCUCUUGGGAUAGCUUUGAAGCUGACAUUUUUGGGGACGAACCAACUCAUAUAUCCACAGACAUGGGCUUUUACUAUGGUUGUAAUCGCAUGCAUCAUUACUCAAAUGAAUUACUUGAAUAAGGCCCUUGACACGUUCAAUACAGCAGUUGUUUCCCCCAUAUAUUAUACAAUGUUCACAUCUUUAACCAUCUUGGCGAGUGUCAUUAUGUUCAAGGACUGGGACAGGCAAAACCCGACUCAAAUCGUGACAGAAAUGUGCGGCUUCGUCACGAUCCUCGCAGGGACAUUUCUGCUUCACAAAACAAAGGACAUGGCAGAUGGGCUUUCGAACUCACCUUCCUUCCGCCUUCCAACGUCUACAUCGAUGCGGACCUUCAAACAAACAGAUGAAUAUAGUGAAGGAAUUCCUCUUAGACCAUCGGAGUCAUUCCGGUCACCACACUAAUGCCCUUUUGCUAAUCUUCGCCGAGUUAGAGCACAGGAGCAAGCUUGCACUCCAAACUGUUUCAUAUGCGUUAUAGUCUAGCCGCUUCCUAUGCUCAAGUCUGAAGGCAUCUUGUAGAUGGUUAAAUGGUUUUCAUACCAAACUUGAGGUCCUUGACAAGCAACCCAACAUCUUGCAUAGCCUGAAGCUAGCUGUGAUUUUAGCUUCUCCGAAGAGAAGGUUUCAGAACUUCGAGCAUUUAAGUGUAGCUGUGUAAGUAACUACAGUAUUAUUCAUGAGCAGAAUCAUGUCACUCUCUUGCAA